AUGUCUGACAGACAAAACACUGCCAAUAAAAGACACUACGACUCACCUGAAACCAGAAAUAGAAUGGGAACAUCUGCAAGAGUGGUGCUUAAGGAAUGCAAGGGAAACAUCGACAUGUUUCUCAAGAAAAUAAAAAAACUAAACAUCGAGAUGUCUGAAAACGAAAACCGCAAUGAUGAGAAUACAAAUGGAUUAUAA